AUGCCACGUGCAAGAGAAUCUUUGGCUUUGUGGAUUGCAUUUGGUGCUGUUGUGAUGGUUAUUUUGAUGAUGAACUCGUCAGUUUUUGUUGAUGCUUUAUCGGUAAAGAUUGAUCCGUUGAGUGAACAAUGUUUUUGGGAGGAGGUUAAAAAGCCCAAUGCAAAAGUACUUUUACAAUUCCAAGUGUCAAGCGGAGGCUACUUGGAUAUUGAUUUAACUAUUUCAUCACCAAACGGUGUUUUAGUCCAUGAGAGUAAAGGAGAGACAGAAGGAAAAUAUACAUUCACAGCUGUAGAAACAGUUACAUUUGAAAUUCAUGUCGGAGAUCUCUUCGACCCAAAUCUUACAAAGCUUGAUGAAAAGGAUCCUAUUGUAAAAUCAGUUUUAAGACUUACAGAGGGUCUAUCAGAAAUUCAACAGGAGCAAAAAUUCUAUCGUACGAGAGAAGAAAGUCACAGAGAUUUAGCUGAAACCACCAACACAAAGGUUAUGUUUUGGGGUAUUGCUGAAAUGAUUGGUAUUGUAGUGAUGGCUGUUGGACAAGUGUUUGUUUUGCGUCAAUUCUUCAAAACAACCAGAUCGGUGUAA